AUGUACAUCUGGGUGCCGUCAGUCGAAGUUCCCCCCUCGGUCAAGGUGAGCGCCACCAAGCUGCUCAGCUCCAAGCACCCCACCAUGCUGGUGUGCCAUGUGACUGGCUUCUACCCCCAGCGCAUCACGGUCACCUGGCUGAGGGACGGGCUGGAGAUCAAGACCGACGUCACCUCCACCGACCUGCUGGCCAACGGGGACUGGACCUACCAGGUGCACUCUCACCUGGAGCUGACCCCCCGUGCCGGGGAGACCGUCGCCUGCAGAGUGGAGCACAGCAGCCUGGAGCGCCCCCUGGAGGUCACCUGGGACCCCUCGAUGCCCGAGGCUGACCGGAACAAGAUCAUCAUCGGGGCGUCCGGUCUGGUCCUGGGCCUGGUCAUCGCCGCCGCAGGAGGGAUCUACUACAAGAAGAAGUCUGGAGUGAGGCGAAUGUUGGUGCCCACGAGCUAAGGUGUGUCCCGGAGAGAGAGAGCCCUCCGGAGCCGGACUGGAGAGGAGCGCUUUCCCCAUUCUUCUGCUGAAAUUAAAAAAAACAAAAAUCUUUAAACGAGAAAUCCUUCAGUUUCAGCUGGGUGACCAGCGAGAUCAUGAGAUCAGGGUCGUCUGGCCUGGGCGCAUCUGAACCAAUCUGAACAGUCAGUUAAACAGUUGACCUAAUGUCUUAAUGACACCCACCAUAUACAGGAGUCUGUCUCCAACUCUUUUACUGAGUUUACUCUCGAGUCCUAACAACGUGUGUUUCAGUGUUCCUUACAGAAGGGGGCAGGUAAUUGGAUAACGAGAUCAGCUGGGGAUCUGUGGACAGCAGCCCCUCCAUCAUGGGCGCCUGGCACCCCUGGUGCAGAGGCUUCUGGGAAACUCCAGGGAGUCACAGCCACACUUAGCUAGGUGUCGCCUCAUGAUCCAACCUCUGACCCCGCGAUCGAAUUCAUCAGGUGUGUGUGGAUCUGGGGGGUCCUGAAGACCUGGAACAGUGAUCAGCCAGGUGCCGUGAUCAAUUAAAUCAUUUACCAUUUGCAACAAAAAUUGGAAAACCCCCCAGAUUACUGAUCAAAAACAGAGGUGCCCCCCGUUCUUUAAAGAACGGGCGAUCGAGGGUGACCAGUAAGACUGACUGGGUUCGAAGUCUCUGUUACUGGACUAACAAGUCCCGCCCAGCCUCCUCUGACAGGCUGCAGCCCCAGGAGCUGAUGGCGUCUCCCUAUUGGCCAGAGGCUCCUCGCUUCUGUCCAAUAGAGAGCUGCUAUCAGCUGCUGGGGCGCAGGCAGAGGUUGACUUCCGGGUCAGAGUUCAGCUCCUUGCGUGAGCUGCUCCAGGGACUCAGCUGGGACUUGAUGGAAGAUUUCUCUUCUGCUGUUUAAAAAAGUUUAAGAAUCUGAUUUUUUUGUUGUUGUUUUUUUGCUUGGGGGAUGUUCAGAAUAUCUUAAUGAUGAUAAAUAUAUUUUUACUCUUGUAAAUACUGUUGAUUUGACUGUCUCUCAGAACAAAAGAUUCAAAUGUUUUGUCAUUCAGUUUGUCAAUGGGACGCUCGGCUUUGUUAUACUGUACUUGUUUUAAUAAAGAACCUGUUUACUAACUCUUAA